AUGGUUAUCAAGAUCGUCCGAUGGUGUGUCUUGACGUUCACUCUCAUCUUCGCAAUCGUGGUGCUCGGUAUAAGUGCACACCUCAUCGCCAUCCGACCUACACACUAUUGGCAUUUUGCUGCCCUUGCAGUCGCAGUAUCUUCCCUGACAAUUCUGACAUUCCCUGUUAUUCUCCUGGUCGAUACCUUCCUAGGUAGCGCUUCGACAGAACGGAUCUUUGGCGAGGCUCUUUGGCUAAGUAUCAUGUGGAUUUUGUGGCUCGCAACUGGAGCUAACGCCACUCAUGCGGCUCGCGUACACUUCUUCGCAGGUGGUUGUAGUUUCUUCUCUGGCUUUUCCAAUAAGAUUUGCAAUGAGUUCAGGGUCGUGGAAGCUUUCGCUUAUAUCAACUUCAUCAUUCUGCUUUGCUAUACAAUCGGGUUAUUCGCGUAUGAGUUUACGCGCGACCAGUCUCCGGUUGCUACUCAAACCACUCAGAAACAAGCUCCUGCCAACACGACAGGUCAGUAG